UUUUUUUGUAGGAAAACAUAUCAGUGCACACUGCAGGCACUUUUUUUUUAAUAACAAAUGAACUUUUGUCCACAAAUAAUUAAUCCAGACUUGUUCUGGUUAGAAAAAGCCUAUUAAAUUUUAGUAAUACAUACCAAUAAAAAUGUAAGCUACAAAAAUGUUUCCUCGAUCUAAUUUGUAUUCUAAGUUAAAAUGUGUUGUCAUCGUGUUGCUUUUUAUUUUUCUUAUCGAUUACUUUGGUAUCCUAACUCAUAUGUUUGAAUUGGAUUACUAUCGACUCUUUAAUUAUCCACUCGAUGGAGAUAUUCUACAAUACUCACAUCGCGUACGAUUCCACCAAGAAGUAGAAGUAAAACCAAUCAAUUUUUACAACUACACAUUCCUCGAGAAAUGCCAUCAAAAAUGCGUAGAAGAUGGAGGUUCUCCCAUAUCGCCAAAAAUUACAUUUAUAGUUAAAUCAGCAAUGCCGAAUUUUGAGCGACGACAAGCUAUACGGCAAACUUGGGGUUACGAAACACGCUUCUCUGAUGUUAUUAUUCGGACAGUUUUUAUGUUGGGUGUUUCCAAUAACCAAGAACUGCAAAAACAUAUCAAAACCGAGUCUCUGCAGUAUAAUGAUAUAGUACAAUCUAACUUUGAGGACACCUACUUUAACAAUACGAUAAAAACAAUGAUGGGUUUCAGGUGGGCCGUCGAAGUCUGUCCCACGAGCAAAUUCUACUUGUUUGUGGAUGAUGAUUAUUAUGUGUCACCUAAGAAUGCUCUGCGAUUUGUUGAGAAUCCAGAAAGUUAUCCACGAAAUAUAGACGAGGCCGAUGAAACCCUUCGGAAACUGGGUAACCGGUUUAAAAAUAGAUUAUAUUUCAAUAAAUUCCCAGAAGCCAUGGCCCAGCAGGGGCUAACGGAUAGGAGAAUUCUGGCUCAUCUUCAUAGUAAUUUCUAUGAAGAUUCAGAGAGUCCAGCAGUUAAUGCCAACCCCGAGGAAGAAUAUAAAAAGCAAAGUGCACUGCUUAGUGAUGGCCAUAACGAUAAGCUUUUUGCUGGUUUUGUGUUUAAAUCGUCGCCUCAUAGACACAAAUCUAGUAAAUGGUAUGUUAGCUUGGCCGAAUACCCAUUCCAUAUGUGGCCGCCGUAUGUUACGGCUGGAGCUUUCAUAUUGUCACGUGAGGCACUCUUUGAAAUGUAUUUCGCUAGUAUGUAUGUGCAGCAUUUCCGAUUCGAUGAUGUCUAUUUGGGUCUAGUUGCUUUGAAGGCGAAAAUUGAAUUGCAUCAUUGUGAGGAGUUCUAUUUCCAUAGACCAACGUAUUCGGGUCCCUACAGCUAUCGAUAUGUUGUGGCGACGCAUGGAUUCGAAGAUUCCAAAGAACUGAUUAAGACUUGGACCGAAUGUAGAUCGGCUGGUCACGCUUAAAUCGCUCUGUAUUGAGAACAACCAAAAAUUAUUUAUGUAUAGGAUAUUAAAUGAAAUUGUUAAUAAACAUACUUUUGAAAUUUGAAAAAAAA